AUGGACUACUUUGCCGAAUUCAGACCUACUUCCAUCCACCCCAUCCCAACAACCACCAUCUCGGUCGACCCUCCCGGUGGAACCCAUACUCACCAUCAUGGUCAUCCUUCCCACCUACCUCUACCAACCGAUACUUUCCCAAGACCCGAUGUCCACCUCCUCCAUGCAACCAACGUGGGCCACACUGCCCUUUGGGUGUUCUUCACUCUCUUCACUAUCGCUUUGGUCGGUGUGCUCUUCUUGACUGUGAGAGCUGAGAGAAGGAACCGAUACUUCUACGGUAUCUCCUCACUCGUCCUCACCAUCGCUAUGGUAUCCUACCUCGCCAUGUCAACAGGUCUCGGAGUCUACUUCGUUCCAAUCCACAACCACGGUGUCCAAGGUUCUCUCCAUCACUUCUAUCGUCAACUGUACUGGGCCAGAUAUAUCGAUUGGUUAUUCACCACCCCACUCUUGUUACUCUCUCUCGCAUCUCUCGCCGGACUUUCUCCAGCAAGUACACUCGCCGUCAUCCUUAGCGAUGUGUUUAUGAUCGUCACGGGAUUGUUCUCCGCUAUUACCCCUGCUAGAUGGGCGGCAGGGGAGAGAGCAAGAUGGGGUUGGUUCGGUGUUAGCUCUUUUGCGUUCUUGGUUAUCUGGGGUAUAUUAUUUACCAAUGGUCUGAAAGCUGCCAACUAUCGACCUAGAAAUACGAAAGGGCUUUUCACCCUUCUUGCAGCUGGUACUUUCCUUGUCUGGAUGGCCUACCCUAUCGUUUUUGGUUUAAGCGAAGGUGCAAACAAGAUCACUGUCGAUGCUGAGAUCAUCGCCUACGGUGUACUUGACGUCAUCGCCAAGAUCGGUUUCACCUACGUACUUCUCUUCCUCCACACCCACGACGAGACUGGACCAUGGACUUUGCCUGAAUGGUGGGUUGAGGCUCCUCAAGGCCAUGGUCCGGAUGGUAGAGGUAUCUAUGGUUCUCUGGGUUCUAGAGACAGAGAUUAG